GUUCACGAGCACUCGCAGUUUACUCCCGCAAGCAUUUUCGGGUUUCGGAUUGUUGGCGACUAAAUUUUCCUCAAAAAUCAAUUAAUUUGUGAACAUUUGGGAACAUUUCCGCUUAAGUUUGCCCCUAGUGUAGCGGGAUUUGAAGCCGGUACUUUUGUAUCAUGCGAAUUAAGUGAACUAUCGGCAGAAUGAACAGGUCACGACAGGAAUUUUCCUCCCGGGGCAACAAGAGCUUCAACAGCAAUGGGGGUGCCAAGGCUUGGAAGCAGCAGCAGCAAGGGUUAAAAUCGGGUGGUGAGAAGAAAAAGACGGACGGUGGCUUCGGCGGCAAGAACCGGUCCAAGUCCGGAGACAAACUGCAGAAUGGAUUCCCGGAGGAGGAGCGCAAGGGGAAGAAGGUGGUGGAGAAGGGAUUCGGGAAGAAGGAGCUUCCGGUGGUGAAUGGCACGCACAAGGUUGUUUCGGGGAAGAAGGGAGCUGGAAUUGAACCGGUGGGCAAGCCGGAGAAAAUCGCACAAAAGUCUCCUAAAUUGGUGAAUGGAAAUUCUGUGCUGGGGAAGGUCAAGAAGGAGCAGAAAGCAACGCCGGAUACGGGACAGAAGAGGAAAAGUGUAGACAAUUGCGUUGGAAGUUCCAAAAAGUCGAAAAAGGUCAAGAAGGCAGUUGCUUCCGAGUCGGACAGCGACGCCGAGGAUUACAUGGACAAGUUCUUCGAGGAUUGUCUGGACGAUGAUGAACCGGAAGAACCGCUGGAACCAUCCGGCGAAGAGGAGUCCGACUCGGAACUUUCCGAGUCCGAAUCCGACGAGGAGCAAGACGAUGGCAACGCCAUGACCAUCGAGGAAUUGCUGGACUUUUUCGGCAAUAACCGGGAUCGCAACGGGUCAGCUGCUUCGGCGGGACGGCCGCAGAAGAAGGCUAAAAAGACUGAGAAGAAGGCGGCCAAUUCUAGCGGCGUGAACGGAGGUUGGCUUGAGGAGGACAACGAUGUCGAGUUGGAAUACAAAGACUCCGAUGGAGAGCAGGAGCAGGCUCCUGCGGCGCAAUGUCAGGCGCUGGUUCCGGCUGGUGGCGAUGACGAGCUGUUGACUUCCGAAGACGAUUACGAUUACUCGCCGGGAGAUUCCGGCGAAGAAGAAAUUGAAGAGGAGGAGGACACUGAUGAUAUGCUCUCCUUCGAACUGGGCCAGGACUACAGCGACGACGACGGCUUAGAGGAGGAAGAAGAAGAAAACUCGUUCGGUUCGGAAUACUCCGACGUCGACAACUCCAGCAGCGACUCCAGCAAGGACGACCACGAGUUCUCCUCAGAUUUCGACUCGGAUGAAGAAGAUGGUAGCGAAGAGGAGGACGAAGACGACUACUGGGACGACACGGGUUCGUACGACAGCGACGAGGACACCGACUACAUGCCCCAGGACGACGACGAUCUGUUCAUUGGGCGGGGUGAGGCCGUGAUUUACGAGAUCGACGACAACAGUGUGUCGUUCAACGACGAGAUCGAGUCGGCCCAGAUUGUGGAGCUGCCGAGUGGGAGUGAGGAGGGGGGAAGGAGGGGGUCGGUUACGACGGGGACCGAGAGUCAGACGGAGGGGGAAGAGUGCGGUGAAGAGGAGAUUCCGGAACUGGUGCCCAUUUAUGAUUCCCGUGGAAGGAUGAUCGACAGUGCGAAGAUGCUGGAGCGGGAGUUGCGGAAGAGUAAGAAAUCUCCCAAGAAAUCCGCAACAGUAGUGCACCAACUGGAACCCCAACAACCUCCCACGCUGAUAACUCCCUCCACGACUGUCAAACCCACGGAGAACCCCGAACCGAUGGAACAAACCCCAUCCGACGUCCCCUCCACCCUCACCGCACGCAACCUGCACGAGUUGGACGCCGAAAUGGACACCACCAUCGAACCCGACUCCACCGUCGUCACGCUGCUUCCGCCGAGCAAACGGUCCGCCUAUCGGAUGUACGACUCGAUCGACAUGCGCAUGUCGCUGCUGGUGCUGCAGGAGCCGCUCUUCUUCAGCGGCCACCUCACGAUCCAACCGUUGAUCGGUCAGCUCGAGGUGAUGGGCUACCGAUUGAAGCGGGGCGAGUGCCGGAACGUGUUUGCGGCGCGCGGCUUCCAGAGCUUGAACCUGAGUCCGGUGAAGGAUGGCGGGGCUGGGUUUAGUAGGGAGUUGAUGGCGGGGGUGUUGACGCGGUUGGAUCGGCACUUCCAGGAGGUUGAUUUGCGGGAGUUGGAGGAGCGGUUCGAUCCUGGGGUGGCGGUGUUGGUGCUGCUGCAGGCGGAUUGUAACAAUCGGAGGAUUUCCGUGGUGGACAAGUAUCUUCCGGAGGAGGUGCUGUUUCCGAGGGUGGAGUUGCUGCGGAGGGAAGGGUCGUUCUUUACGAGCGAACACUUGUUGAACUGCGAGUUCUUUGUGGAGCAGCAGCAGGAGAAGAUGGUGACGGCGUGCUUUAGGGCGGAUCCGGCGUGGGAUCGGAUUGAGGUGAAGGGGAACAGUCGGGUUGUGGUGAUGGGAGGGAAGGGCGCGGGGAAGUCGACGUUGUGUCAAUAUCUGGUGAAUAGACACGUUGGGACGUUCAAGAAGGUGCUGCUGAUUGAUUUGGACAUUGGCCAGCCGAUUCAACACAUCCCGGAAACGAUCAGCGUUACGGUCGUGAGCAAACCGCUGCUCGGAGUGGCCUCGUUCGAUCCAAUUGCCCCCGCGAGGAGUUGGCUGUUUGGCAGCUUGGACGUGGUUUCAUCGCCGAUCUUCUACGUCCAGAACGUCCGCCAGCUAGUUCAAUACUGUCGCGAUCACAAAGCCGACUGGGCCAACAUUCCCUGGAUCAUCAACACGAUGGGCUACGUGACCGGCUUCGGCGAAGAACUGAUGGCCGCCGUCCUCCGGAUGCUCGCCCCGACCGACGUCAUCCAGCUCAACGCCACAAGCCCCUCGCUCCCAAUCCCCAACUUCAAAAACACCCUCAACAGCGACUUCAUCAACCGGUACAGCUUCAACAUCCUGCAAGCCGAAGUCGCCCAGUUCUGCCAAAAGAAGACCUUCUUCCGACAUCACGCCCUCCCCGUCAGCUUCUCCCGCAAGGGCUUCACCUUGAACGCCCCCAAACGGCGCUACGUCGCCCUGCUCACUCACCUCGCCCGCAUCUUGAACGACUCGUCCAGCGAGUGGUUCAACGAAGUGCGCCCCUUCCGCGCCCCGCUCACCCAACUCCAGGUCCUGAUCACCCGCGAGGACGACCAAUCCCUGCCCGAGCACGCACUCCCGGCCGUCCUGAACGCUACCCUUGUCUACCUGUGCCGAAGGAGCGCGCAAGCCGGCCUCUACGAGUGUCUUGGAAUCGGAAUCGUCCGCGGCGUCGACAAGCAGGGCAACGUGUACCUGCUGCACUCGCUCCCGGGUGAGGAGCUCGCGGACGUGACGGUGCUGGCCAUCUGCAGCAGCAGUCUGCCGAAUGCGGCCUUCCUGAGGCAGAGUGCGCGCGUCCAGGGGGCCAUCCCGUACGUGUACAAUGUGGAGUAGGGGGUGAUUGAGCGUGGAGAAUGAGGUUUAUUUUGAGUGUGUAUUUAUUUGUCGGCGAAAUUAUGUUAGAGAUGAUGAUGGGCUACGUUUUUAGAUAGAGCUUCCCCUUUUGCCCCCGUUUUUUUGAGUGCGCCAAUUUCGUUGAAGAAUGUUUUGUCCGAAAAUAUAUAUAUGAGUAAACUUAUUAUUGCUAUUGAA